UGAACUUCUUGGUCUCAAGGACUGACGCUCAGGCUCCUCUCUCGCCUUAGCCAAACUUGCUUUCCCGCCUCUCAAACUCCGACUUCACUCCACUCCUCUUUUCCCUCCACUUUCCCCUCCUCUAUCUCCCAAGUCACAAGCCCCUGUCCCCUAUUCCUUUCCCCGUCUCUCCCUCCUCCUCUCCCUUUUCAACUUCUUGUCCGAUUCCACCUCAGACUUCCCGAGCGUUCCUAACUCAGUCGCCCGCUUUUGAUCGGCUCGAAGCCAUGGCGGGACCUGGGGGUUGGAGGGACAAGGAAGUCACGGAUCUGGGCCACUUGCCGGAUCCAACUGGAAUAUUCUCAUUGGAUAAAACCAUUGGCCUUGGUACUUAUGGCAGGAUCUAUUUGGGACUCCAUGAAAAAACUGGUGCAUUUACAGCUGUUAAAGUAAUGAAUGCUCGUAAGACCCCUUUACCUGAAAUAGGAAAGAGAGUGAGAGUGAAUAAAUAUCAAAAGUCUGUUGGAUGGAGAUACAGUGAUGAGGAAGAGGAUCUCAGGACUGAACUCAACCUUUUGAAGAAGUACUCUUUCCACAAAAACAUUGUGUCCUUCUAUGGUGCUUUUUUCAAACUGAGUCCUCCUGGUCAGAGGCACCAACUUUGGAUGGUGAUGGAGUUAUGUGCAGCAGGCUCGGUCACUGAUGUAGUGAGAAUGACUAGAAAUCAGAGUUUGAAAGAAGAUUGGAUUGCUUAUAUCUGCCGAGAAAUUCUUCAGGGUUUAGCUCAUCUUCAUGCACACCGUGUAAUUCACCGGGACAUCAAAGGUCAGAAUGUGCUCCUGACUCAUAAUGCUGAAGUAAAACUUGUGGAUUUUGGAGUGAGUGCCCAGGUGAGCAGAACUAAUGGGAGGAGAAAUAGUUUCAUUGGAACACCAUACUGGAUGGCACCUGAGGUGAUUGACUGUGAUGAAGAUCCAAGACGUUCCUAUGAUUACAGAAGUGAUGUGUGGUCCGUGGGAAUCACUGCCAUUGAAAUGGCUGAGGGGGCUCCUCCCCUGUGUAACCUUCAGCCCUUGGAAGCCCUCUUUGUUAUUUUGCGGGAAUCUGCCCCCAAAGUCAAAUCCAGUGGAUGGUCUCGUAAGUUCCACAAUUUUAUGGAAAAGUGCAUGAUAAAAAAUUUUCUAUUUCGUCCUACUUCUGCAAACAUGCUUCAUCAUCCUUUUGUUCAAAAUAUUAAAAAUGAAGGACAUGUUGUUGAGUCAUUGAAGAAGCAUCUUACUGGAAUCAUUAAAAAGAGACAGAAAAAAGGAAUACCUCUGGUCUUUGAAAGAGAAGAAGCUAUUAAGGAACAGUACACCAUGAGAAGAUUCAGAGGACCUUCUUGUACUCAUGAGCUUCUGAGACUGCCAACCAGCAGUAGAUGCAGACCACUUAGAGUUCUGCAUGGAGAACCCUCUCAGCCAAGGUGGUUACCUGAUCGAGAAGAGCCACAGGUCCAGGCACUUCAGCAUCUACAGGGAGCAGCCAGGGUGUUCAUGCCACUACAGGCUCAGGACAAUGCACCUAGGCCUCUACAGGGGCAAGCCCAGGCACCUCAGCGGCUUCAAGGGGCAGCUCGGGUGUUUAUGCCACUACAGGCUCAGGUUAAGGCUAAGGCAUCUAGGCCCCUACAGAUGCAGAUUAAGGCACCUCCACGACUCCGGAGGGCAGCCUGGAUGCUCAUGCCACUACAGGCUCAGGUUAAGGUACCUAGGCCUCUACAGGUACAGUCCCAGGUCCCAAAAGAGCAGCAGGCUCAGGCUCAGCCCCAGACAUCAGAAGAGCCACAGGAUUUGGACCAGGUGCCAGAGGAAUUUCAGAGGCAAGAUCAGGUACCUGAACAACAACAAAGGCAGGGUCAGGCCCCUGAACAGCACCAGAGGCAGAACCAGGUACCUGAACAGCAGCUGGAGCUGAACCAGGUACCUGAACAGCCAGAGGUACAGGAACAGGCUGCUGAGCCCACACAGGCAGAGACUGAGGCAGAGCAACCUGAGUCAUUACGAGUACAUGCUCAGGUGUUCCUGCCCCUCCUGUCACAGAACCACCAUGUGCUCUUGCCACUACAUUUGGAUACUCAGGUACUCAUUCCAGUCAAGGGGCAAACUGAAGGGUCAGCUCAGGCACAGGCCUGGGCACUAGAGCCCCCACAGGCAGUGGGCUCAGUUCAAGAACUGAUAGAGGGACUAUCAAGAGAUUUACUUCGAGCACCAAACUCACAUAACUCAAAGCCACUUGGUCCACUGCAAACCUUGAUGGAAAACCUGUCUUCAAACAUGUUUUACUCCCAACCAGAACAGGCAAGGAAGAAAAAAUCAAAAGUGUCUAGUCUAAGGCAGGCAUUGGCAAAAAGACUAUCACCAAAGAGGUUCCGGGCAAAGGUAUCGCGGAGACCUGAAGACUUGGAGCUCUCAGAUGUAGAAGCCUGCAGGCGAAGGCGCCAGCGCAGAUGGGAGGAUAUCUUUAAUCAGCAUGAGGAAGAAUUGAGACAAGUUGCAAAUGACAAAGAAGAUGAAUCAUCAGACAAUGAUGAAGUAUUUCAUUCAAUUCAAGCUGAAGUCCAAAUAGAGCCAUUGCAACCAUACAUUCCAAAUCCUAAAGAGGUUCAAGAGAGAUCUACUUAUAAUCAGGACUGUGCACAACGUGUCAAGUUCUCUUCAAAUGUUCCUCAGCAGUCUGUUUUGGAACAAGCUCAGAAGCCCACUGACAUCAGACAAAGGAGUUCACAAAAUCCUCAGAAUUGCCCAGCGGCGUCAGAAUCAUCUUCUGAGGAAGAGAGUCCUGUGACCUGGAGGAGGUCCCAGUCAUCACCACCUUAUUCCACUAUUGAUCAGAAGUUGCUGGUUGAUGUCCAUGUUCCAGAUGGAUUUAAAGUAGGAAAAAUAUCCCCCCCCGUUUACCUGACAAAUGAAUGGGUAGGCUAUAAUGCACUCUCUGAAAUCUUCCGAAAUGAUUGGUUGACUCCUGCACCUGUCAUUCAGCCACCUGAAGAGGAUGGUGAUUAUGUUGAACUCUAUGAUACUGGUGCUGAUACUGAUGGUGAUGAUGACAAUUCUAAUGAUGCUUAUGAGGAUACCUAUGACCAUGACAAUAGCAAUGAUGACUUGCAUAACAAGGUUGAUCAGGCUAAUGAUGUUGGUGAAGACCAUGGUGAUAAUGACAAUGGUGAAGCUAUUGAUGACAAAGAAAAUAAUCAUGAUGAUGCUCCUUGUUGGCCAAGACCAAGCUAUGGCAGAGAUGGAAGCUGCAAGCAAGAUGGAAGUGAUGGUGGAGAAGAGACCUGCAGCAGCUAUGGAAGCCAGAGAGUCCAUAGAAGUCAUGAAGGAAAUGUAGCCAGUGGGGGCAGUGCAGCCAUUGUAGAUGUUGAAGAACUUGGAGCCAAUAUAGGCAAUGGAAGAAGAGUUAAGGAGGUUAAUGAAGGUAAGGGAGUCAGUGAAGCCAAUGAAGAAAGCGGAGCCCUUGAACUCAGUGGAGGAGAAAAUCACUCAGAGACAGAUGGUCAAGGAUUGGAGAGACCCAUAUCCCAGGACUUUGAACAUCAACAGAAGGAACCAGGUGGUAGAAACGAGGCCUCAAAUGCCAUUGCCUCUGGCGCUGCAGCAGCAGCACCUGAUGAUGAGAAUGACAGCAUGGACAUAUCAGAAGCAUCAACACAAUCAGGUUUUUCUGCCAGCUACUCAUCUCCUUCCAAUGGUUUUUGGAGGGCUGCAAAUGCUGACUUUGCCAGUGCCAUCUUGUAUGCUGGAUUAGUGGAAGCACCUGAGAAAUCACCUAAGCGAUCCUCUGAAGUCAAUGUUAACCCACUAUAUGUGUCCCCUGCAUGUAAGAAACCACUAAUUCACAUGUAUGAAAAGGAAUUCACUUCUGAGAUCUGCUGUGGUUCUUUGUGGGGAGUGAAUUUGCUGUUGGGAACCCGAUCUAAUUUGUAUCUGAUGGACAGAAGUGGAAAGGCAGACAUCACUAAACUGAUAAAGCGAAGACCAUUUCGUCAGAUUCAAGUUGUAGAGCCACUCAAUUUGCUGAUUACUAUCUCCGGCCAUAAGAACAGACUUAGGGUUUAUCAUUUGACCUGGCUGAGGAACAAGAUUUUGAAUGAUGAUCCAGAAAGUAAAAGGAGACAAGAGGAAAUGCUAAAGACAGAGGAAGCCUGCAAAGCUAUUGAUAAGUUGACAGGCUGUGAACACUUCAGUGUCCUCCAACAUGAAGAAACAACAUAUAUUGCAAUUGCUUUGAAAUCAUCAAUUCACCUUUACGCUUGGGCACCAAAAUCCUUUGAUGAAAGCACUGCUAUCAAAGUAAUAUGCAUUGAUCAAUCAGCAGACUCCGAAGGAGACUACAUGUCCUAUGAAGCCUAUAUACGAAUACUGGCAAAAAUACAGGCAGCUGAUCCAGCGAACCGGUUUAAGAGACCAGAUGAGCUCCUUCAUUUGCUGAAGCUCAAGGUGUUUCCAACAGUUGGUCAUAAGCCAGUGACAGUUGACCUGGCUAUUGGUUCUGAAAAAAGACUAAAGAUUUUCUUCAGCUCAACAGAUGGAUAUCACAUCAUUGAUGCCGAAUCUGAGGUUAUGUCUGAUGUGACUCUGCCAAAUAACAAUAUCAUCAUUUUACCUGAUUCCUUGGGAAUUGGCAUGAUGCUCACCUUCAAUGCUGAAGCCCUUUCUCUAGAAGCAAAUGAACAGCUCUUCAAGAAGAUCCUUGAAGUGUGGAAAGACAUACCAUCUUCAGUAGCUUAUGAGUGUACACAGCGAACCACAGGAUGGGGCCAAAAGGCCAUCGAAGUCCGCUCUUUGCAAUCAAGGGUCCUGGAAAGUGAACUGAAGCGCAGGUCAAUUAAGAAGCUGAGAUUUCUGUGUACCCGAGGUGACAAGCUAUUCUUUACCUCCACCCUGCGCAAUCGCCACAGCCGGGUUUACUUCAUGACCCUUGGAAACCUUGAAGAGCUCCAAAACAAUUAUGGUGUUUAAAAAGUUCCAAUGAUUUAUUACAUUUACAAACAUCAUAAAUAUGCAACUUGCAUCUUAAUAUUUCUGAGAUUAAAUGAGCAUUCAGUUUUAUUGUUAGGGAAAAAUUAAAUCAGAUACUUUACUUUUAAUGUAGCGUAAAAUAGUUUUAAUGAGAAAUGCAGCUUUAUAUAUAAAAUUAACUAUAGCAAGCUCUAUGUACUCCAGUGGUGUACAAUGUCUUUUGCACAAACUUUGUAACUUUUGUUACUGUGAAUUCAAAUAUUACUCUUUGGACAGUUUGGACAGUAUCUAUAUUCAGAUUUUACUACAUGGUGUAAAGAAACCUGUAAUAAGUUAGAUCACAAAUCCUUUCAAAAUAAUUGACCCUGAGUGAAGUUUUUCAGAAAAAAAAUAGCAACAAACUCUAUGUACAUUUGCAAAGUCAUAUAAAGAACCAAAGUUUAGAUUAUUAAGUGAAAAUAAUGACUAUGCUAUAAACCAGACUAAGCCUGAACAACCUACAUGCCUGGAGAAAACUACAGUGAUAAAGGGGAAAAGGCUACCCAUUUACUUAUAGUUCCUUGACAGUCAAGCCCCUAGUCAGAGACCAGUUGUGUUUUUUUCAUACCACGGUAAGCUGGUUUUCUCCUGAUAAGGAGGAAGAAAGUCUUAGAUGCUUGAUUUUCCUCAGAACCCCUGAAAAUGUGCAAUAGCUGUUUUAAAUAAAACCACCAAAUAAUACACUUGCAAGACUGAAUACAGGACUGAAUUCCUAUACACAUGUACUGUAGAAUGAGGGUUUUUUUUAAUACAUUAAAGUAGGCAUCAAAUUUUAACCCCCAAAAACAGAUUGGUUGAUUUAUCAAAACUCUUAUCUGGCCAACAGUGGGACCAUCAGACAACAUUGAAUAUUUUCCCAAUCCCAGAUUAAACUAUAUAAAAAUUCUACCCCCCCCCGGGUCAGUCAUUAAACAAAAAGAACAAAAUGUAACAACAAAACCUUUGGCUGCUAAUGCUUAUGUUUUCCUAUUUCUAUUACUGUAAAAUCAGAAAUUAAUCUAAAAGUGAUAAGUCCACAUGUUGGGAUUUAAUGUUUAGGUAAAAAAAGAAAGAAGAAGAAGAAAGAAAGAAGAAAGGAAAGAAAGAAAGAAAGAAAGAAAGAAAGAAAGAAAGAAAGAAAGAAAGAAAGAAAGAAGAAAGAAAGAAAGAAAGAAAGAAAGAAAGAAAGAAAGAAAGAAAGAAAAAAUAUUUUGAAAAAAAUACAGCUUUCAUCAAAUUUAGAGUAGUGAAAAUCAUGCUAGUCUAUCACCCAAUAUAUUAUAGAUGCCAUAGAUAGGUGGUGUUUGGUCACCUAUAGUACCUGCUACCUGGUGAAAAACAUAAUUUUUCAUAAUUUCCUCAAUACCAUGGUUAGUUCUGGGGCAACAGAGAAGCAACAGAACUACCGCAAAGUAUACCUCAAUAUAAUUCCUCUAGUUCUGCUUCAAAAGUAUGAAGCAAGCACUAGCAGGAUACUAAUUUACAAACUACCUGGUUAACCAAAAUACAAAAGCAGCUGACUAUGUGUGAUUUCAUGAUAGCACAUUGUUUCUUGACACUCUGGUGCCAAGAAUGAUGAUUUGGAUUUUCCUAACAACUUCUAUCAAGAGUGUAGUAGCUCAAAAUGAGAAUUUAGGAGAACCUGAAUCCAUGAAUUAAAGAAAUAAAUGUGAUUCACAUUUCUGUUACUGUGACACAAUAAUGUGAUCCUAAAACUGGCUUAUUCUUGUGUGUUUACAACUCGAAUGACUUUUUAAUGCAGUAGUUUAAAGAGAAAACAAACAUUUUUCCUUAGAAGUAGUCUUCAUUAUUAUAAAUUUGUACACCAAAAAGCCAUGGGGUACUUUGUGCAAGUACCUCAUUGCUGAGCAAAUGGAGCUUGCUAUAUUUGAAUUUCAGAAAAUUUUCUCAUUUAAGUAGUAUGUAGAAUCAAGUCUUUUAAGAAUUCAUUUUUUUCUUCAUAAUAUUUACCCAAAGUUAAGAUUCAAAAAUAAGUUUUAUCUUAAAAUUGUAUUUUAAGGCAUUAAGACAGUAAACUAUUUUAGGAAGUCAACUCCCAUUGUGCUUUGUGGCUGUUAUUCUAGUAAACAGAGACCAUAGUGAACUGAAUCUACAGAGAUGCCCCAAAGUAAACAAGAAAAAUUACAGAUGUGUAACUGAGCUUUAAAGGAUGAGGUGUUAAUAAAGAAAGGAAGCUGAGUACAUAUCACGAAAGGAGAUUGAAAUGUUGAGUAGCCAAAUAGAAAGGACUGAAAAUAUUUAAAGUGGUUCAUAGGUAAUGAAUAUUUCCAAUUUUGAUGUUAUUCCACCUGGAAUUUUUAUAUCCUUUGCCAGCUGAAACGAAGUGAAGAGACAAUUAAAUUUCAUAGUCAGUGCACAGUAAUAGAAGGUAUAUCUACACCUUGCUUUGUAGAUCAAGCACCUGAAGCAAUGGAGGGGGAAUCCUGACCAGCCAAUUCCCCUAGCCCUGUGAUUGAAAUCAUGAAAGUUCUAGCAGCUUGUGAGUAGCACUGGGACAAAAUACAGUUUUAUUUUAGUGUACUUUAGUUUUUUCACUAAAGCCUUUGUCCAAAAUAAAAGGCAGUGUUGGAAAUAUUUGAAAACUAGAAAAUGAUGUAUGAAAAGGGUUGACAAGAAAAGCUCUGAGUGAUCAGGUCUGUUGAAGUGAGCUCAGAGCCUCAGAGGAAAUAGUAAGAAAGGGUAAUCAUUUAUAUAGUAAAAUAGGCAAAGCAGAAAUCAUACAUGUGCAUAUACACGCAUGUACACAUACAUACAAACCAGUAGAAUGCAUAAUUUUUAAUAUUUUUAAUAUUUUAGUGCUACCAGUUUCUAGAGAAAAUAAUCAGUAGAUGUUUUCUGCUAGAACUCAGAAUUGAAGAAGUUCUGCUAGAACUUUAUGAAUUGAAAUACUAUUCAUAAAACUAGGAAUAAUGCCACAUACAUUCAAUGGGAUCUUUUAAAAACUCCAAUUAUUUUUUAAAAUGUACCUAUUUAAAUCAAUUUAUAUUCGA